UUCUGACGGCGCGUGCACAGUACAUUCUCCGUGCGCCUUAAAUUCAGGUGGGAUUUACGUCGAUAAAAAAAAAACCUACACGAGACAUUCGGCGUGCAUGUUACAUCCUAACGAAAAAGUGACAGCAGGAACAUGUUUGUCUCCGGGGUUUUGCCGAUAUUGCUGUGCUGCGUUGUGAAGUUGAGCGUCGCGCGCAGGACCGGUGCUGAAGACGGAGAGACUGUGGAGAAGAUUAACAGCGCGCGCUGCACCUCGCGCUGCCUCACGCUGCACAUCACUCAGCUCACCUCCGCCUUCAGACGUCUUCAGAGUGAUGAUGUUCUGGGCUGGUGUGAAAACCAUAGGAGAUGCGCUCAGUGCCUACAGCCAUGCAAGGAAUUAUGGGAAACCAGAAUGGUUCUUCCUCACAAGUUUUGUGAGAAGCAUCACGAGUGUGUGACCAGUGCUGAGUUCUUACAGUCGCUGCAGAUGCAGAAGCAGGGAGAUUGUCCUUCUCCUCAAAGGGCAUCAGGCUUUGCAGCCGCCUGCGUGGAGAGUUGCAGCGCUGACAGCGAGUGCUCUGGAGCUAAAAAGUGCUGUUCCAACGGCUGUGGCCACACCUGCCAAGCACCAACCAACCUUUAUAAAGGCGUCCCCCUGAAGCCAAGGAAAGACAUGGCCUUUUUAGAGGACCAGCACGGACAGCUGGAAGUGACAUGGAUGUCUAAGUUCAAUGUGUCUAUUGAGCCAGUGCUGUAUAUUCUGCAGAGGAGAUGGAACCAUGGCAUUCAUCCCAGUGAAGACGAAGCCUCACCCUGGCGCACUGUUCUGAUGACCAUGGAAGAACGGGCCUUGCUGAAGGAUGUCCGGCCCCACAGGUGGUACCAGUUUCGGGUGAGCGCAGUGAACAGCCAGGGCACACGUGGCUUCACCACUCCCAGCAAGCACUUCUUCUCAGCCCGAGACCCGCUGCCCCCAGAGAGGCCGCAGAACAUCAGCGCUGCGAAUCAGACUGUGAGCGCUGAUGGCAGGGUGAGCGUGCUGCUUCGCUGGGACCCCCCCAGAGAGGGAGACCUGCUGCUCAACCAUUACAAAGUGACCUGGAGCGGCCCGGGUGGAAAGGAAAGCAGCAGGGUCGCAGACGGGACUCUGGCAGAGAUGGAGCUCGGAGGACUCCAGCCAGACACCCAUUACAUAGUGAACAUUCAGGCAGUUUCUUUCUGGGGACAGAAGCGCUUGAAGAGCGGCCGUGCACAGUUUUCCUUCAAAACAGCUGCUUCCACUGCAGGCUUCUCACCAGUCACAGGGGACUUUUCCAAUGAGCUACCCAUCUCCCGUUCAUCACCCAGAGUCCUCCGACUUGAUGCUGCAGCUCCCCACUACCACAACAACCAGUUGCAGGUCAAGGUGUUUUGGAAGAGUCGACUCUCAGAAAACCAUAGGGGUUCCACUUCAUACCUUUUAAGCUGGCUUCCAGAGGUAUGUGCUAAUAACGUGACCAAGAGAGAGAGAACGGCUACUGUACAGGGCACACAUUUUGUCAUCACAGGCCUUCUCUUUGCCUGUAAGUACAAAGUAACAGUGACACCCCUCUCAGAGCAAGGAGAGAAGGCCAGGGCCGUGACCUCAGUCACUACCCCACAGUGCUCAAUGUUGAAAGGUCAUGGGAAGAAACUACUGUCCUGUGGCCAAGAUGAGCGCCAUCUACAGGCAAAGAAAGCACUGCAGCGGCCCGAGAAGUUGUUAGCAGAGUUUCAGACAGUAAACGGCUCCCUGGAAGGUCUGUUCAGCUGGAAGGUAUCUGAGACCACACCCGGCCAGACUCCCAUCACAGGAUUUCAGUUCUCUUGGGUCAAAAUCUCCAGCAGAUGUGCGAACAAUUCUCCAGACACACUCAUCUCUCAAACACUAAAUCUUGCGCCUGAUCAGCACUCAGUCAGGGUGGAGCAGCUCCAGCCAAAGUGUGUGUACAAGGUGCAGGUGCAGGCUCUGUCUGAAGCAGGCAGCGGGUCCUCAGUGGCCAAAACGAUAAACACUCCACAGCUUAACGGCACACCGCUAUGAGGCUAUACAGUUCUGGAGUAUCAUCCCAAACUUCUGAUCUCUCCGUUCCCUUCAGAAAAGUGUUUCCUCCACCAGUAUGCUUGGAACUGUACUGGUACAUUGCAUGAUGAUGGCAUUUCACUUAAACUAUGAAUCAGUAACAGUACAAAAUGUUUAGUAAGUUAAAUGUUGAGAGAGAUUUGAAGCCUAUAUUAUUUAAGUGUACUUUAUUAUGUAAAAAUGUGUAGCACUGAUGUAUGUAGUGAGUAGUGAGAGCUGUGUACUGCUUUUUAUUUGGGUUAUCCUGUUAGUUCACAUAAUACAGUAAUUUUUUUCUAAUAUUUAAUACUAAUACCUUUCUGUUUCUGAUUCCUAAACAUUUUUGUGCUGUGUGAGUAUAGUUCUAAAUUAUUUUUCAAUAUUUUUAACAUCCACUUACAGUUUACUGUAAUCUAAAAGUAUUUAUUGUGGUGUUUUAAAGAAAAAAUAUGAAAAGUGUCCAUGAUCUUGACCUCUGUGCUGAUAUCAUAGCUAUAAAUCCCUGUCAUUAUGUGUGUUACAUACCAGGUAUCAAAUUGUCUUAAAAAAAGCACAUAUGUUGAAGGCUUUGCUUGUAAACACACCUAUCAGGUUUUUGGAUAUUAUAAAUAUUAAUACUGCCUUCACCAGUGCCAAAAAACAUCACCGGUGCCACUAAGAAACAGUGAUGUACAGCAUCUGGAAUGGCAGAAAGACGUGAACAUUUGCAGAAAUUUUGCAAAUGCCAUUUGUAAUAAAAGCAUUUUAUUCAUUUUGUUCAGACAUUGUUUCCAUUGUACAAAAAAUGUAUACUUUCUGUAAAUAUUGCACUUGUGUUGUUAAAAAUAAAAUUAAAUUCAUGCCUUA